AUGGGCACAAGAAGUUUGCUCUGCAAGAGCACGGCCUGCAAGGCCGUGGCGCCCUACACGCGCUGUACGUGGAAGGGCAGAGUGCAGCUUUGCAUUUUGUCCAACGUAGUGAACGUCUCGGAGGGCAACAAGCACGUGUCGCCGCUGCGCCCAACUCGACGCGCUCAUCUCACCGAGAAAAUGAAGGCGUUUGCGCGCGACAUGUGCGCCUACAACCACAAGCCUAUGAAUAUGUACAAUGGAAUCGUCAUACGCUUCCAGGUUGGAGAGGCAACAAUGCCCACAUUGGCGAUGGUACAGCGAUUCGUACAGCACUUCCGCCGCACUAAUCUGGGCGAAAGCGACUUCCACGACGACGUCACCGCUAAAAUGCGGAAAGCAGGUUCGUUACGCGAGGUGUCACCAGAGAAGCACUCCAUCGGGUUCCUUACGGGGGCAAUGACGCCGGCUACCAAUACCAAUGUCGUCCACGCCGUGUCCGACCGAAUGGAACGUGUGUACGACCCACAGGACAGGCGCACCAAAGAGGCCCUUCCAGUGACCGCAUGCGUAUCGACACAAAAGGCGCGCAUGGAGACUGCAGGGAUGCCAGGUAGCGGGUGGGAAGUCGAUGUCGACUUGAAGAUAUGCGGCUGCCGCAUAUUCUUCAAGUCGGGCUACUGUAUCCAUCUUAUUCACGCGCUCUCGGUACGGAACCGCCUGGACAUCUUUUGCCGGACUCGACUCGUGUACAGGGGCCGCAAUAAAGCGCGCCGUGCGCAAACUGAGCAGCAAAACACUGGAAGACCUGCAAACAAUGGCAGAGCACUGCAGUUAGAUUAG